GGCCGCUUUGUGAGCCACACAGAUGCAAAGUAAACGAACGUUGGGAGCACCAGAACAGGGACCGUCCUGCCACAAUUCUCUUGCUUCUCUUUCUACGGACUCAUAACUAAGUUUGUGCUAACUCACCCUUCGCGGUGUUUACGGAAAGUUGAGAGGGAUAUAGUCUGAAACUUCGCCACCGCGUGGACCUUAAAGAAAAAGGCUUUUUCAACCAAGGACCAGAAUGGCUCUACUCAAACACCUGAAGUUAUAUGUGCUUUGACAACAUCCCUUACAAUUGCUAAAAACUUUGAAAGGAACUCUCCUGACCACCUUCAGAUCCUAAUUUAAGUUUUACCUGUGGAUCGUUACUAAAAGACUGCCAUCAUGCCCAUUCUUAAGCAACUGGUCAGCAACUCCAAUCAGUCAAAGCGGAGGUCUCGGGCUGACCUGACCGCAGAGAUGAUCAGUGCUCCGCUGGGGGACUUCCGUCACACCAUGCACGUGGGCCGAGGGGGCGAUGCCUUUGGGGACACCUCAUUUCUCAGCACCCGUUCAGGAGAACCUCCCAGGGAGCCAGACAAAAAGCAAGGCUCACCAAGUUCCAAGCCCGGGCUUCUGUCCCGUACCUUCAGAAACAGCAAGCGAUCUCAGUCUGUAAAUCGGGCGGACAAGUGUGAGUACAAUGCGAUGGCACCUUCUGCCGGCUCCUCUCAGUUUGUGAAGACUGCCAUAUCCCUGCCGUACCUGAACGACGAGGGUACUAACAGAGGUAUCCAACUGCCAAAGAGCGUUUCCUCAAGCCCAAUGAAGAAGGUGAAUGAGAUCGAAAGCAAGCCGUUAAAUGGAGCAGCAGCUAUGGCAGCCCUUGAUCCAGAGCUUGAGGAACGGGAUUUUGGCGAACCUACAGAUUUGCCUCCAUCCAUGCCUAAGGGAGGUGGGAUGAAGCACGCAGAGUCUAUAAUGUCCUUCCACAUUGACCUGGGCCCUUCGAUGCUCGGGGACAUCUUGAGCGUGAUGGAAAAGAAAGGUUGGGAGGAGGAUGACCUUGGCUACGAGGAAGGCAAGGGAAGCGAGGGCCAUGCUUCGCCGUCCCUCAUUCCCCACAUAGAUGAUGACGAUGCAGAAGAGCGAGCCCCUGCAAGGCCUCCUCGCAGCAUGUACCAGCAAAAAGCCAUGGUGGAUCCCUACACCCCUGAGCUACAAACCAAGAACAACCACCACAAUAUGGAUAGCUGCUCUGUGUCCAGCUCUGGUUCUGAGGAGAAACCUAACUACCGCCUCCAUGACGGUGACACGGACAGUGCAAAGUACAGUUCCCCACGUGGGGGAGAAGGAGAGAGAGAUUUCACCUUCAUGGACGAGGAUGAUGACGAUGAGAUUAGAGUUUAGACUUUAGCUGCCAAGAACAGUUGAAAAGGACUGUAAACAUGAUAAAUAAGGCUUUUUCACCAUGCUGUAGGUAGGGUGGGGUAAAUGCACGCUACAGUGCAGACUGACUGGCUCACAAAGUGGCCCUUUUUGAAGUGUUUGGGUUUACUCAUAUUACUGGUAGUCUCAGUUUUCCCAAAAAAGUAUUGUUUACCACAUUUAAACCCUUAACCAAGAAGAAGCAAUUGCAAACCAUUAGUAAAUAAUAUCACAGACAUAUCAUUUUAAGAAGAGAGAAGAGAUGACAGUGAGAUUGGGUAAUGUGGAUGUGUGGUAUGGAUUCUGUGGAAGGAUGUAGGGAAAGGAUGAGGAGUGAAACCAAGAUGGCGUUAGAAUCCCAGUGUGUGUGAGUGAAUAUGGGGUUUUAUUUGCCAAUGACACUAUUUUGGCAUAGACACUAAACAGAAAAAGUUAUGCCUUUUUAAGAGUUUAACAGUUGAUUUAUGCUAUUUUCUACUUUAUUGUAUCUGCAGUAUCUGGGAGUUAGUAUACAGCAGCCUGCUGCUGUUUUGAGUUGGGUAGAUUAUUAUUUUGUUUCCAUUUUUCAUUGGGAAUAUCUGCAUUCUUUAAAUUCACAGACAGCUGUAAUAUUUAUUAAUUUGUUGUCAUAAGGGAUGGAUCAUUCUUAAUGUGCACUCCUUAGUCUUAAAAUUGUGUUGUUGUUUUUUCCAGAUAUCAUAAUUUCUUAUGGGUACUAAAGACAGAACCAUCUUCUUUGUUAGAGGUUGGCUGAAUUGCACUUAAAUACUGGCCUUAAGUAGGCAAUAAAUAGUCUUAAAUCACUCCUGAUCCCAUGUUCAUUACAGGGAAAUGUCUUUUACAAAAUCAGAGUUGGUGAAAGAUUUUAUUUUUUUUAAUACAGAAAAACUGUGAAUUGUCAAAAAGAGGCCUUUUGUAAGUGUUAUGUGUCUUGUACUUUAAAAAAAAAAAAGCAAGACAGGAAUUGUGAUUGUGGUAAAAUAUGUGUGUCUGUCAUGCCUCUCAUUCCGCUUCUUAGCUGAAGUAGGAUUAGCAGGUCAGUGGAAAGAUGUAAGACAUUUGUGAAGGGAGUUGCCACCAUAUAAUUACAUUUAAGCAUUUAUGCUUCUGUCAAAAGCAUUCCCUCUCUCUGUACAUGUGUCCAGGCUUGUCUCUGAGAGCAGAGAAAGGAUGUAGCAUGUUUAAAGUGUUAUUAGAGGACUGCUACUUAACAGAUGGGCAUCAGGUAUGUCUCUGAGCAAUGAGAAGGAUAUUUACUUCCCAAAGUGGACCCAAAGGUGAUAAUACUCAACUCCUUUACCCAACCAGAAUCACAUAGUAGGAACAGAUGAUUAAAUCAACCAAUCAUCUGGCUUCUCCCAGUCUACUCAUUAAAUGUGCGAGAAUAUUGGCCCCCGACCAGCUGGAACUGCUCCAGAAACAGAUAGGUGGGCUGUUUCCCUUUGGCUUUUUUUGUGUUUAGUUGGUUACACUCGGUAGGCUACUCCAGAUUACUUUCAGCUAGAGCUGGGCGAUAGAACGAUAACGAUAUGUAUCGCGAUAUAACUUUUACU